CUGCUGGAGCGGCAGAUCGUGGUGGCCGAUUGCCAGGUCUGUGCUGCCGUCCUCAACUUCCUGCAGCAGGACCUGGGCAGCUGUGUGAAGGGCAGCUGGGGACUGCGGCGCGCCUGGAAGACCUACGACAGGAUCUACGGCCAGAUCAGCGCCAUGUACCGGCAGGUGCAGCAGGAGGUGCCUGUGGACGCGCGGUCUCGGCGGAAGCUGUGCGCGCCCUCAUGGGCUCCGUGUCGCUGGGCUACGGUCUGUUCCAGCUCUGCGUCUCACUGCUGCCGUCCAAGUUCGUCAAGGUGGUCCAGCUGCUGGGGUUCCAGAGUGACCGGUCGGCGGCGCUGGCGGCGCUGAUGUUCUGCAGAACCUCGCGGGACAUGAGAGCGCCGUUGGCCAGCCUGGCGCUGCUGUGGUACCACUCGGUGGUGCGGCCCCUGCUCUCGCUGGACGGCCGUAACGUGGCAGCCGGCGUGGCCACCUCCGAGCUCCUGCUGCGGGAGACGGCCGGUCGCUACGGACAGGCGGCGCUGUUCCAGUUCUUCCGCGGCCGCGUCCUCCGCCUGCAGUCGGAUCUGGAGGGCGCCAUCGCAGCCUAUGAGGUGGCAGCUAGCCAGGGUCAGCAGCAAGAGGUGCGACUGCUGUGCCUCCAUGAAAUAGGCUGGUGCCGGCUUCUGCAGCUGGACUGGGUCGGCGCGUUCGUGGCGUUCUCCGAGCUGGCGCAGCAGUCCCGCUGGUCCCGCGCCUUCUACCACUACUUGGCCGCUGUCUGUUCGGGCGCCUCAGGCGAUGUUACCCUGUCGGCCGGUCUGCUGUCGGCCGCGCUGCCGCCGGGCGCCGGCCGGCCCGACCUGGACGCCUUCCUGCAGCGACGCACGGCGCUGACCUGCCGUCUGCACGCCUACGAACUGCUUUACCUGUGGAACGCGCUGCCCUCCUGCCCGCCGGCCGUCUGGAGCACGGUGCUUGAAGACUGUGAGCGGGCGUCGCUGGAGUUACCGGCGCUGGCGGCCGUGGCGCACCUGGUAAGCGGCGGCGUGCUGGACAACACGAGCCUGCAGCAGGCCGAGCGGCACUACCGGCGCGCGCUCGUGCUGGGCCGCGACGACCGCAGCCGGCCGCACGUGGCGCCGCACGCCAGCUACGAGCUGGCGGUCAUGUACUGCGGACAGCCGCAGCGGCGGGCCGAGGGCCGAGCCCUGCUAGAGUCGGCCCGCGACGCCUACAAGGACUACGACUUCGAGUCGCGGCUGGGCGUGCGCAUCCAGUCGGCGCUGAAGCGGCUGGAGAAGGUCACCAGGGAGGAGAGGGCCAAGUGAGCUCACAUCGGCCGGCCCGGUGCGCGGCGCCGCAGUCGCCAGCGCUUCAGGAUCGGCGUGAGGCCACCAGAAGGCGGUGCCGACUGCUGCGAGGCCCCGUGCCGAAACUACACGUAGGUCCCAUCGUUGGAGGUUGCUCCUCAGGUGUGGGACAGCGGUGGGUGGUGAGAGGACGGCGGAGCACCGGGAUACAAGACGGAGCCCGGAUAACACCCUGCAGUGAGGCCUGGGGUCAGACCGGGCUGAGGGUCGCGCGUCAGG